GUUCCGCCAAACAGGAAAACGAGGAACGGCAGGCGGGGGGGUCGGGGGGCACAGGAAUAAAUUUUAAGGAGAGAAAGAGAGAGAGGGAGAGAGGGAGAUACAUAUAUAUAGAUAUAGCGAUAUAUACAUACAUAUAUAUAUAUACACAUAAUUUUUUCGCCCCCGCGCCCGCAAACCCUUAAGACAUUAAUGGCCAUGAGCUCCUUCCUGAUCAACUCCAACUACGUGGACCCCAAGUUCCCACCCUGCGAGGAAUAUUCCCACAGCGAUUACCUUCCCAGUCACUCGCCGGAGUACUACGGCGGCCAGCGGCACCGCGGGGACGCGUUCCGCCAGCACGAAGCCGCCUACGAGCCGCGGGCCGCCUGCGAGGAGCGGCCGUUCCCGUCCUGCCGCGGCUCGGCCGCUCCGCCGUCCCCCCGCGCUCCCGGCCGCACCGAGCCGCGCUCCGCCAGCCCCGGCCCGCCCGCGGAGCCCGUGGUGUACCCCUGGAUGCGGAAAGUCCAUGUCAGCUCGGUGAACCCCAGUUUCUGCGGCGGGGAGCCGAAGCGGUCGCGCACGGCGUACACGCGGCAGCAGGUGCUGGAGCUGGAGAAGGAGUUCCACUACAACCGGUACCUGACGCGCCGGCGCCGCGUGGAGAUCGCGCACGCGCUCGGCCUCAGCGAGCGCCAGAUCAAGAUCUGGUUCCAGAACCGCCGCAUGAAGUGGAAAAAGGAUCACAAGUUACCCAACACCAAGAUCAGGUCCGGCUCCUCCUCCUCCUCCUCCUCCUCCUCCUCCUCCUCCUCCUCCUCCUCCUCCUCUUCCUCCUCCUCCUCCUCCUCCUCCUCCGGCUCCCUGCAGGCCCCACAAGGAGGAUCCCAAACGCCCCACAAGGAGGAUCCCAAAGUCACAUCCCACAAGGAGGAGGAUCCCAAACGCAGAUCCUACAGGGAGGAGGAUCCCGAAGGCAGAUCCCACAGGGAUGCCAAAGUCACAUCUCACAAGGAUCCCAAACUCAAAUCCCACAAGGAACAUCCCAAAGUCGAUCCCAAGGGCCUCUCGGCACCCUAUAACCGCCCCGAUGGACGCGUGUGCGUGUUUGGGUGUGAACUCGUGUGA